UUAUACAGUAUAUGAUAGUUAUAUAACUAUUAGUGUGAAGAAACUGAUCCAACAAUUUGUUUGUUUGUCUUUUGAUUUUAUUUUAUGUCCACAACAACAACAACAACAACGACCUGCAGGUUGUCGUUCAAACAAACAAACGAAUGGAUCGAUUGCGCCGAAGUCUUCGGGACAGCUUUCGCCGUAAACCACCUAAAGAUCAUAUACCCGAAAGUAGUAAACCUCAUCAGUGGCAGUCGGAUGAAGCGGGUGUCAAACUGGGCACUUGUGUCUUCCCAGUCAAAUAUUUGGGAUGUGUUGAAGUGUUUGAGUCAAGAGGUAUGCAAGUAUGCGAAGAAGCACUCAAAGUAUUGCGAAGCUCUAGACGGCGACCAACUAAAGGCACACUAUUUGUUACCGGCGAUGGUCUUCGAGUGGUCGACGACGAGACAAAAGGUCUAAUUGUCGACCAAACUAUCGAAAAAGUAUCGUUUUGUGCGCCCGAUAGGGGUCACGAACGUGGCUUCUCAUACAUCUGUCGCGACGGUACUACCAGACGCUGGAUGUGUCACGGAUUUAAUGCCAACAAAGAUUCCGGUGAACGCCUAUCCCAUGCGGUUGGCUGUGCUUUUGCUGUCUGUUUGGAGCGCAAACAAAAACGCGACAAAGAAACAGUUUCGAUGAACUUUGACCCGAAGACGUCAACGUUUACCCGAAACGGUUCAUUCAGACAGUCGACACUGACCGAGCGUAUGCAAGACCCGCAGGUGGCCAAAGCCAUCGAGCCGCCACCCGUCAAACAACCCGUGCACAACCCGUUUGCCGUCGAGCGGCCGCACGCCGCCCCAAACCUACUACAACGACAAGGCUCUCUACGGGGCGGUCCACUCGACACUGCCUCGCCAUUCAAAAGGCAACUAUCGCUUCGGGUUAAUGACUUGCCAUCUAAUCAGGAGCGCCAAAGAGCACAUUCCGUUGACUUUACCACUACUUCCAGAAGCAGCAACCGUUCCAAUGUGAUGCCAAUUCCCGAAAGUUCUCCCGCCGAACCUACCGAUUCCAUUAGCGCCAUGUGUCAAGAAUUAUCCAAAGGAUUGACUAUUUUAAGCAAUAACGACGACCCGUUUUUGUCGCCACCAAUACUAUCGCCAACUCCCGUAAUGAUGACGACAGCAGCUAACAAUACCGAGGAUAAAUGGAGUCCAUUGAAGCAAUUGGCUAACAAUACAUUUGCCGAAAAAUGGAUUACCGAUAGUUCGACAGCUCCCACCAACGAUUCACGUGUACCCAUAAAUAAUAGGUCGACAACUCCAAGCCCUUCCACAAUACAAGUUCGACCGUCAGCUACACCACUAGCUCAGCCCAAAGUAGUGGCAGCUCCCAGACAUAACACUCCUAAUCUAUCGCAACUGAGAAGCCUGUCGUUGGGCUCAUCGGACGCUUACAACGAUACCAUAAAAUCUUCGGCGGCGGCGUCGUCGGCAGCAGCUUCUUCAUCAUCAUCAUCGUCGACGACGACGCCGACGCCUUGGAAUAGCAGCCAAAUGACAGCUAUUUGGCGUCAAAACGGCGGAACAGCAACAACAACAACGACGACAGCAUAUCAAAACAAUUCAUUGCGCAACUCCUCAUUAUCAACAACGACAACAACAACUUCAGCAUCGGAUCCGUUUGACGCCGAAUGGGCAGCACUUGCCACUAGACAUCAAGAGUCACCCACAGCGAUGAUGAUGGCGGCGGCAACACAUCAAAAGAGUACGAAUCCAUUUACACAGACAGGAGGUGUUGUUGUUAAAGCAUUUGAAGUGCAAAUGUGAAUAAUAUAAUGUUUUCUUGAAUUUUAUUAUUAUUUUUAUAGACGAAACAAAUUAAAUUAAUAGUUAAUUAUUAUUAAUAUUAUUAUCAUAUACUCUAAUAAUUA